AUGCACUCCACAAGUAUAGUCAAGAUCCUCAGCCUAGCCAUGACCCUCGUGCCACUCGCCAACAGCACUCCACAGGGUGGGCAACCAUGCGGGCUCGGGAUAGCCCCCUGCGCGGAGGGCCUGACGUGUCAGCCCGUCUCUGACUCGUGCACCGACGUGAACCGAUGCUCCGGUCGAUGCUUCUUCGACAGCAGCAGCAAUGUCAACAAAAAGAAGCCAUAUACGCUGUGUGGUGGCUUCCGCGUUAACCCCGCCACUUGCGAAGACGGCCACCAGUGCUGUGACGAUCCGCGAGACGCUCACAACUGCGGCAUGGCCUGCGACAAGCCUGGCAUCUGCGUGUCCAAUGACGCUGUGCGGUAUUACCCGGCCGACCCUUGCCCGGAUGGGCUCACUUACUAUCCUUACUCCGGCAAGUACAGCUUCACCGAUGCCCUCGGGCUAUGUCUGUGA